AUGGCUGCAGAGAGCCCUGCACGAUGUCUCCAGGCUGAAGCUAGUUGCCCCAUCUGUCGGGAGUAUUUUAAAGACCCGGUGAUUAUAGACUGCGGGCACAGUUUCUGCAGAGCCUGCAUCACCCAGUGCUGGGAAGGGUCGGACACAGACGUCUCCUGUCCUCAGUGCGGAGAAACUGCUCAGCAGAGAAACCUCACACCCAACAGGCAGCUGGCGAAUGUCCUAGAAAUUGUCCAACAGCUGAGUUUACGGGGAAUUGAGGAUGCAGGAUGGGAGAGAGUGUGCGGGGAGCACCGGCAGCCUCUCAAGCUGUUCUGUGAAGAGGAUCAAGCCCCCAUCUGCGUGAUGUGUGAUGCAUCCCGGGCUCACGCCGCUCACACGGUGGUUCCCAUCCGGGAGGCUGCCCAGGAGUACGAGCAGACGUUCCAGGCCCAUUUGAAGACUCUGAAGGAAGAGAAAGAAAAGCUGAAGGGAUUUAAAGUGACUGGCGAGGGGACAAGCCAGCAGUAUCGGAUACAGACAGAAAAGGAGAGGCGGGAGAUUGUGUCUGAGUUUCAGCAACUGAAGACGUUUCUGGAGGAAGAAGAGCGACUCCUGCUGGCCCAGCUGGAAAAGUUGGACGAGGAGAUUGUGAAGCUACAGCAUGACAACGUCACUCAACUCUCUGAGGAGAUUUCCCGGCUCAGCGAGCUGAUCCGUGAGCUGGAGGGGAAGUGUCAGAAGCCAGCGAGUGAAUUGCUGCAGGAUACCAGAAGCGCCUUGAGCAGAUGUGAGACGGGGAAGUUCCAGCAGCCAGUGGAGAUUUCUCCGGAGCUGGCAGAGAGACGCAGCAAUUUCUCCCAGAAAAUUUUUGCUCUAACGGAGACUCUGAGGAAGUUCAAAGACACUCUGCCAUCGGAAAUGGACAGGGACUGUUGGAAGAGGCUGUUGUCGUAUACAAAGGCCACUCUGCCGCCUAAACUGGAGACAAAAAGAGGGGAACCCCUAGGAGCACACAGACAGGUGAAUGUGACCCUGGAUCCAGACACGGCUCACCCCGAACUUGUCCUCUCUGUGGAUGGGAAAAGCGUGAGAUGGGGACACACCCGGCGGGUUCUGCCCGACAACCCGGAGCGAUUUGACUCUGAGCGCUGCGUGCUGGGCAGCGAGGGCUUCGCCUCGGGGCGACAUUGCUGGGAGGUGGAGGUGAGGGUGCAGGAGGGGGGACAUUGGGCGGUGGGGGUGGCCAGAGAGUCUGUGAGGAGGAAGGGAUGGAUCAACCUUAACCCUGAGGAGGGGAUCUGGGCGGUGGAGCGGGGCUGGUGGGGUCAGUUCCGGGCUCUCACCUCCCCAGCCACCCGCCUGCCCCUGCGCCGGGUCCCCAGCAGGAUCCGGGUUUCUCUGGACUGUGAACGGGGGCAGGUGACGUUUUCUGAUGCGGUUAGCGAGACCCCGAUCUUCACUUUCCCGCCGGGCUCCAUCCCCGGCGAGAGAAUCCGCCCCUGGCUCUGGGUGUGGAGAUCCCGGCUCAGGCUGUGUCCCCCAGGGGACCCCAAAACCGGCCUGCCUAGUCUCCGGUGUCCUAGUCUUUAUGACUGUGGAGGACUGCUGUCAUCCUACCGAUUUUCUCCCUGCGGGCUCUGCGACCCUGCCGGCUCCCUGGAGUCGCUGGACUUUGAAGCCACGGAGAGCAGGGAGUGACGGAGGGAGAGCACACUGUUCUCUGUGGUCCAGGAUGACUCUGACCAUGGGCGUCUCUAGCUAGCUAUCAUUCCAGUCUCUGUGACCCUGGAGGACUCUCAUCUCCCUAGACCCCCUGGCACUUUAUCUCUGAUGCCUGAAACCUCCUCCCCUCUUCCUCCCUGCAGCACCAGUAUUUGGAGGGUUGGAGGCAGGGAGUGUUUUGUACAAAUCUGUGUCAUUAGAUCUCAUGGGGGUCUCCCAGCCAGCACCUCUCCCCCAGGGGCCAAAGUCACCUUCCCCUGUAACUCCCAGACAGCUGGCCACAUUGUGAAAUUGUCACACACACACACACACACACACACACACACGUGGGAUGGGCAGGGGUGCAGAUAGACCCAAAACCAUUAUAUAAUCUUUUUAAAAAAUCAUCAUUUUGAGUCAGUCUCAUGAUUUUUUUUUUUUUAAACUCCUGAGGUUGACAGGGGCAGGGCGGGUUUAACCAGAGGGACUAGGAGAAGUGAGACGAAAAUGGGAAUUAAAAUAAAACAAGAAUGAAGGGAGAGUCUGGGAGAAAUGGUGACAAAUUAGAAAUGAAAAGCGUGAAAGGAAAAUAUGCCUGGCAGGGGAACCGGCCAGGCAGCAGAAAGAGGGGAAGGGAUCAAAUCAGGGGAAAGAACGGAGAAGCCAAUGAUCUCCGGCAGGGAGGGGAGAACGGUGAGAGAGACCCGGGAAAAUAAACAGGGAUGGGACGUGAGGGCUAGAAAAAUGCCGAGAAGAAAAGGGAACAUGAGUGACACAGAGAUUUAUGAAACGUUCCUGCAAGUGAGACUCUUACGCCGUAAUUCCCUCUGUUAGUUCCUGCAUGUUUGUGCUACUGUGGUGCCAUGAAGAAAACUGUUCUCAGUAGCUGGGGAAUCUCCUUUCCCAUCCGCCUUUUACUCUCCAGCUGUCCAGUUACUUAUUGUCAAUAAAACAUUACAAACCAUU